GGACGUCACAACGCGGCGACCGAGUGUUUCAGAAAAUGUGCGCCUGCUUUUUCACUCGUCAUUUCUAAUUGGAUUUAUAUGUGAAAAUGUCUGUUUUUCAUGACGAAGUUGAGAUCGAAGACUUUGAAUACGACGAAGACACUGAAACAUAUUACUUUCCGUGCCCCUGCGGAGACAAAUUCGCCAUAAGCAAAGAGGAGCUGGAAAAUGGGGAGGACGUGGCCACGUGCCCGAGCUGCUCGCUCAUUGUCAGAGUCAUCUAUGACAAGGAAUCUUUCAUGUCGGGGGAAAUCAUCGAGGGCCUAUCGGAAAGCAAAGUGGCGCUGGUUCCUACCUGACAAAGAAUGAGCUUUAAAACUGCUGGUUUGAUGUCAUAUUUUUAUUAUUAUUAUGUGUGGACUGGUUCUGUGAUUCAAUGGAUGAGACUUCCUGUCCAAAACCUGGAGAAUUUGCCUCACAGAAACAACUUAUGUGGAAACCUCUGUCAUUGCUUUUUUUUUUUUCUUUUUAAGUGUCCUCAUUUUCGUUUGUUCCACUCAGAUUAACUAACAAAUUUGUCCGUAUGUCUUUUAUGCAGAAUUACUGAAGAAAACUAUAAUAAAUUAUUUCUUUUGCUUCUUUCA